AUGCGUUGUCGUCUGCGCAAGCAAUUAUUCAUCAAAAGAAAUAAAAUCUGUGAAGUUUCAUUAGCGUUAGGUUUGGCAGGAUUAAUUUUCGUGAUAAUUGAUUCAGAAAUCACUGCUUCAAAUGGCGACAGCAAUUUCAGCAAAACGCAUCCGAUUUCGUUACUUCUUCGAACUCUUUGCGUAUUGUGCACAAUAGCGCUAAUGGCUACUUUGGUUCAUUAUCACGCUACUGAAGUAAAAAUUGCACUGAUAGAUAGUGGAGCAGAUGACUGGAGGGUAGCACUAACAACAGAACGAGUGAUUAAGUUAGCUAUUGAGCUUGUGAUCUGCUCUAUUUGUCCAUUUCCGGGUACUGGAAUGAUGCAAUGGCCUUAUAUCCAUCCAGACAGCAGGAAGGCUACUAUGGUUGACGUACCUGUUGAUGUUUUGCUAGCUGUACCAAUGUUCCUUCGAGCAUACCUCCUCUGUAGAUUUAUGGUCCUACAUAGCAAACAAUUUCAAGAUGCUGCAACUCGUUCAAUAGCUGCACUUAAUCGAAUUUCAAUGGAUUUUCGAUUUGUCAUCAAAACAAUGAUGGCUGAUCAUCCUCUUAGGGUACUUAUUGUAUUUACCGUAUCAUUUUGGGUUUGUAUGUCAUGGAUGUUUACACAGUGUGAACGGUACGAUGGUCAUUUACCAGCUGAGCACUACUACCUUAAUUCUCUUUGGUUCAUAAUGGUAACAUUUAUGUCCGUUGGUUAUGGUGAUAUCGUACCAAAUACUUAUUGUGGUCGUACAUUGGCAAUAACAACGGGUAUUGUGGGUGCUGGUGUAUCAUCAGCUCUCAUAGCUGUAAUUUCACGUAAACUAGAGUUAAGCCGAGCUGAAAAACAUGUCAACAAUUUUAUGGCCGAUUCUAAACUUACUAAUCAACGUAAAAACGCUGCGGCAUUGGUACUUCAACAAACUUGGCUAGUUUAUUCGAAUUUUUUCAUUAAUAAAAUAUUACAAAUAUUUAAAAUUAAGUUCAUUCAUAAGUAUAAGCAUUCAUGUGGUAAAGGUGAUGAAUUACGAUUAAGACAUCAUCAGAGACGUUUUUUGCAAGCAAUUAGCGAAUUUAGACGAAUCAAAUGGGAUCAACGGAAGUUACAGGAACGAGGAAACUUGUUACUGGAUGUUGGCAAGUUACAUAGUGAAAUGCAUGAAACGUUAUGGGAAAUGCAUCGAACUCAAGAUCAAUUCAUUGCACAAGUGGAUUUAUUAACACAGAAAAUUGUGGAACUUCAGAAUACUCUUAAACAGCAACAACAUCAACAACACCGGCAUAUGCUUCAGAAUCCAUCACAGUCAUACCAACGCGGUAUGUCAAGUGCAGAAAGUUGUGAGUCUGGACUGAUUCUACCACAGUCAACAUUGAUAACGGGGCAACCUACUGUAACCCUACCAAUGGUACCUUCUCUAACAACGCUUCCGGUUCGAAGUACAACUGCUUCAGCGGUUGAUUUUGCUGAUAUACCCUCAGGCAGUACUAAUAUACCACGGGUUUAUCCAGAUAAUGGAUAUAUUAGGUUGUAA